AUGGAUGACCUCAAGUUAUUCGCAUCCAGCAACAAGCAGCUAGAUAGAGAGCUAGACAUUGUGAAGCGGUUUAGUGAGGACAUAUGCAUGCAGUUAGGCCUGGAAAAAUGUAAAAGGAUCACGAUUACCAGAGGAAAGAUCUCAAUGAAUGUAAACCAAAUAACUGAAAAUAGUGCAGGAUUUGACUACCUUGAUCUAAGUACUCACAUGUUUCUUGCGUUGACACAUGUCGGAGUAUCUGCUGUGAGAUGCCAUUGUCCUAAGAACUUCACCGGGAAUACCUGCGAGACUCCCAUAUCAUCUAUCAAAGGUUUUGCCGCCACAGCCGAAUCGCUGAGUAGACAAUGA